AUGUUCCCGGGAGUUGGCUACGCGCUGCUGGCGGGUUUCCUCGGGGCCGUGGCGUCGUCCUCGGCCAAACUGUCCCUGGGAGCGGACUACCUGAAGGGAGUGUGCGAGUCCGGACUCCGGACGUGGGGCGAGCAGCGCAGAUUCAGACAAGCGGACGAGACCACCACCUGUGACCGGCUCCACAUCCCUCUGAGGCUGCUGUGUGGCGGACUCCUGUUCACCUGUAACGCUGUGAUGUGGACCUUCCUUGCCAAGGCACUCAGGUACUCCUCCUCCUCCACCCAAACCACUGUGACCACCACUGCCUCCAACUUCAUAUCUUCCGCUUUCCUCGGGCAGCUGAUCUUUGGUGAAGCCCAGAUAACACUGUGGUGGGUUGGGAUCUCUCUGACCUUCUCCGGCCUGCUGGUGCUGCAGAGGGUCGCACCACAGGAGGGACACCAGAGCGCCGUCGCCCAGAAGGAUGAAUGAUCUGUCUGGUCUCCACUAGUUCAGUUCGGCCUGGCUCCUGCUGGCUGUGUGCAGGUGGUGAAGCCGUGCCAGCUGCUGUUCUGAAAUCAGAGGAGAUGCCGACUCUGUCCACGGUGCAGCCUCACUGUGGCUGGUGGAGACAAAGUAACAGACGCCUGCAUCCAGUUUCCCCUGACGUCCCAAUAUCCUCCUCCUCCACAGACUCACAACGAAGCAAAAACUACACUAGCUUUAUGUUAUGUUUUGGAAACUAUCUAGUCCAUAACAGCACAACAAGAACUUACGGGCCAACACAGCAGAUGUGAAGGAAGGGGAAUGACUAAAUGGAAUAAUUCUACAUUUUGUGAAAUACUUUAAUUUGCUUUCUUGCUGAGAAUAGAGAGGAUUUGUUAUUUGAAUAAUGCCCUAACUCGCAAUGUAGUUGAGUGAUAAAAAACACAUUCUGGAUCUGAACCUUUAACCGGAUCCCCUCUGGAGCCUGUGAUUCUCUCCUGGUCUUUGCCUCAACCCUCCACCAGGUUCGGUGCAAAACAGUUCUGUCAUUUUUGUGUUAUCCUGCUGACAAACAAGGAAACAGACAAGACACAGACAUCAGUCCAAAACCCAGAAGAUUCACAUUUCAGAAGCUGGUGCCAUUAUGUUUUUGGUUAAUUUGGCUUGAAAAUCUCAAAUGUUAAAUCAAAAAUGUAAAGUGCUUAUUGGAGGAAAAGCACUGAUCCUCUCUUUCAACUCUCAGCAGCAAAAACAAGAAGCGUAUUUCAGGGAGGAUGAUAACACGUUAUGUGAAUAUAUAACGUGAGGUCCUGUGCUCGUAUUGACACAAUCUUUUGGGUAAAUUGCAUCAUUUCCCAUGUGCAUGUUAGCAUCUAUCAAACUGUGCGUUAUAAACUGCAGCUGUUUUGAUCCCGACAGCUUUCCUUACUUACAUAUCCUUAAGUUACUCAGACACUCACUGUAAACAUCCUACACCGACACUCCAUCGUCUGCAUGCUCAAAGCGAUGUUAUACACACACGAAGCUAACGAGGUGUAUUCCACGAGUAAUAACCCCGGUGAUGUAGCGCUGAAAGGCUCCACCCUGGUGUGACGACUUUGCCCGGCACCAGGGUCUUUCUUCUUCUUCUUCUUCUUUCUUCGGCAGCUUGAAUCUUAACCUCAAGAUAUCGAGCAUGACACGUGUUGUGAUCCGGAAGCAACUGACCUCCUGAAGCGUCAUUUCACAUCGGAGCGACGUCCCUGUGAGCCUCUUCGUUUUAUUUAUCUCGUGACUAAGGCGGCCAAACUGCAUUUGCAAUCUCGUAUUAUUCUGUUGCACGUCGGAAACAUCGGUCCAUAGCUCUCGUCAUGUUUGUGGGUUUAUUAGAGCCCUGAGCUUCCCUCUUCAUCCCUGGAGUUGUCUGCAAGAGUGCAAUAACACACUUCCUUUAAAAUCUCAUGUGACACUGUGACGUGUGUAAGCGGAGGAGCUUUGAGCAUCAAUAAUGGAACGCUGAAAAAUGGCAAUACCUGCUACAAGACGGAUUUUUUCUGUUCGCAUGACAUCUGAGGCUGCUUCGUUAAAAAGAAAAAAAAAUCACACUGUUCUGUUGUUUGGAUACAUAUCAUAAUAUAACUGCAUAAUGGUAGCUAUCAUACCGGGCUGUAAUAUCCCACAGCAGCGUCUUCAGCAACAUUUAUAACACACGUCCUUCCAACCGCUGCUGUGCAGGACUCGUAUCAUGAGAUUUACAUGCAUCCCUGUUAAUGUGACUGCAGUGACAAUGUGACUAUAUCUCAUACUAGGGGUCGGCUGCGUGGUGUUGGUAGCAGGGCCGUUCACUCACCGUGCAGGAUUUUUUCAGCCCUUGUUUGUGCCUCCAUGUCUUGGGAUCCUGGGUGUGUUGAGUCGUUUAUAAGAGUUGUCAGACAAAUUGGGAAAUUCUGCUUAUUUGCUUUUUGUUGUCGUCUGUAGCUGAUGCCAGAAUUCAAUUAGCCUAGCUUAGCAUAAAGACUAGAAACAGAGGGAACUGGUAGCCUGGUCUUUUCAAUGAUAACAAAACCUUCCUAGGAGCAUCAUUAAAGGUCCAGUGUGUAAGAUUUAGGGGAAAGGCAUAAAUUAAAUAUAAAGGAAUCCUCAUAAUGUUUUCACUAGUGUGUUAGUCAUCUAAAUUGUGGCGGGAAAACGAAUACAAGCAGACUCUCCCAAAAUGUCAAACAACUCCAUUAACAUACGGUACCUUUAAUAUCUGUGAUUUAUGCUUUUAUUUUGAAAAUUUUAUCGUGCCUGGCUUUAAUUUCAACUUAACGGCAUGACAUGAUGUGACCUGAGGGGAAACCAUGGACCUGUGAACCCACUCUCAGUCUAAUAUAACCAAUCAGAGCUCUGCAGUAGCCACAUUUAAAAAAAACUGUGACAGAGGCAUGGCCUCUGUCACAGUCACUGUCACUCAUCUCAACUGUAGAUGAGUGUACAGAGAGAUAAAACUAAACUGAAAAGCUCAUGUGCUGCAAGUAUCAGAAACCAUUGAAUCAAUAAGGAUUUUAAGUAUUUGAAGCUGUACUGUUGACAGCAGAGCCACACAAGUGUGUUCAGUCCCAAUAUUUUGAAUUUAAAAUGAAAGAAGCUCGUCCUUGUUGGUUCUCGCCACACGAGCAGACCACUAUAACAGGGAGUGGCUGAUUGCUCUGAUUUAAACCUGACAAUGUGUUUUACAGAUGUUUGUAAAAGUGUAAAUAUAUUCUGUUGAUAGCAGACACUUAAUGGAUGAUGCGUGAAUUGUCGUCUCCGCCCGAGAGAAGAAACACUGUUAAAUUAAUAAAUAAACAUCUUAUCCGACAAACAAGUUUCCUGUUUCCGUCGCUCACGUUGGCUUUUGGGAGACGUU